AUGGAGGCCUUUACAAUGCGUACGGAGGAGCAUGAGCAAAAUCGGAGCUCGUGGAAUUUGGCCACUGAGCAGCACCACAGACAUCAACCACAGCUGGUCAGUGACUACGUUGACAAGGCCCGCAACAAGCUCUUUGCAGAGGACAUGAAGUUGCUCGGCGACCUGAAAGGCAAGGAUGUCCUGCACCUGCAGUGCAACGAUGGCCAAGACACUGUGUCGAUUGCACGAUGGUUGAAGCCUCGGCAAGUGCAUGGAGUGGACAUUAGCGACUUCGCUGUAAAUUUCGCAAAGGAGCUGAGCACCAAGAUGCUGGAACAGAAGUGUUUCGAUGCAACGACGGAGGUGCGUUUCACUCGCCGGGAUGUCGUCGAAUACUUGAACGACCCUAUCCACAGCAAUAGUGUUGACGUGGUCUACUCCAGCUAUGGCACCGUAAACUGGCUGAGUAAUUUGAAGACCUGGGCCAUGGGUAUUGCCAACGUCUUGCGACCAGGCGGUCGCUUCGUGAUCAUAGACUUCCAUGCCGUUGCUAUGGCACUGGAUUGGCAAAGCAUGAAGCUGAAAUAUGACUGCCUCGGUGGCAACUCAUGUCCAAGUGAUGAUGGGGUGUCGGACUACAUAGGUCAAGAUACCACGUUUCAGAACCCGAAUCCUUCGAUGGAAUACGCCUGGGGAGUCGGUGAUAUCGUAUCGAGCCUGUUGGAAACGAGGCAGAUGCAUCUCCAGUCGCUCACAGAAUACCCUUAUGUUAACGGAUAUCAGAUGCACGAAUCCCUGUGCAGCUGCAAUGUCCCAUCGCCACCCGAAGCACCCAAAGGUCAGCCAGAGGGUACAGGGGAUUCUGCCGCGCCGGUUGCCGGCUACGGGGGACUUCCGCAGGAUGCUCGGUAUGCACCACCGUCGGGAAGCCCUGUAACACCGAUGAUGUACAGCAUCGUCGCAACCAAGCAUGACAAGAAGCGCUCUCGAGAAGACUGA